AUGACCAAGGCAAGAGCUCAGCGAGGUAUCAAGGCAGAGCCAGGAGCUCAUCAAAUGGAGAAACCAUCUCCAACUCCUACUCUCACAAACACCUACAACGAAAGUCCUGUUCAGCAGCAACAGCCCAGCUCUGUUGCUUCCGCCGAAGCUAAUCAGCCCUUUCCCCGAUCUGAUGCUCCUCCUCCUUCUUAUAGAGGACCAACAACCCUUCCUGCCCGCUCAGUUCGGACAGCCAUGACCAACCCGACUGUUGAUGACAGUGAAGCCCCUGUCCUUAUGCAGCUUAGGAACCGCGAAAUGGAUACACCUGUUGAUCCCGUCGGAAACGACUCAUCCUUCUUCGAUGGCUCUUUCCGCGACAUCGGUGCCAAGGUCAAGGUUUUCAACGACACCCUCGGUGAGCUCCAGCAACUGGGCGUCUCUCAUGACGUCCCUCUUCCCCAGUUGGUCUUGGUUGGCGAUCAGUCUGCUGGCAAGUCCAGUCUCAUGUCUGGCCUCGCUGGCCUCAAUCUUCCUCGCAGCGAAGGUGUCUGCACUCGUUGUCCUAUUCAUAUUCGCGUUUCCCGCAGCGCCGCGAGAGAUCGAGGUGGCCCUGAAUGGUCUUGCCGCGUCUCGCUCCAGCAAGAUUACACCUUCCGGCCACCUGGUGAUCACGAAAUUACUAAGGCAGAUGUCACCGCAGAGAACCGUUUCCCUCCCUGGGUAAAGCAGCCGCGUGUGGUCAAGGAAUUCAUGACUAUCUACGAUCAGCAAGACAUCGACACUGUCCUGAGAUGGGCUCAGGUCGCCAUAUUGAAUCAUGACCAGAACCAUGAGCUCUAUGUUCCCGGCCACGGAGCCAUCGCGAAGACUUGUCUGCUAGACCAACAGGCCGAGCAUACGGCAGCAAAGUUUAGUCCUAAUACUGUUGCCCUGGAAAUCAAGGGGCCUGACUUGCCCGACCUGUCUUUCUAUGACAUGCCUGGCAUUUUCAGGAACUCGGCCCGAGAGGAGGAUGAGUAUCUAGUUUCUGUCGUUGAGAAUUUGGCCCGCGAAUACAUCUCCCACGCAGGCGCCCUCAUUAUCUGGGCCGUUCCAAUGAACGUCGAUCCGGAGACUUCUUCGACAUUGUCCAUCAUUCGCGACCUAAAGGCUCAGAAUCGGACCAUCGGAGUCAUGACCAAGGCAGAUCUUUUGCCUGAAGGAAACCAUGCUCAAUGGCUCUCCAUGUUGCGCGGUGAGCGCCACCGGAUUGGGCACGAAUUCUUCAUCACUUCACGCCCUGCUGGUAAAGAUCUUCAAGAACAGCAGCGAUGGGAGGAAGCUUUCCUUCACCAGGAUGCUAGUGAACGGUGGCCGGAAGUCUUCCAUCCCUUCCGCGAGAGAUGUGGUGUCGAGAAGCUCAAAACGGCACUUUCUGAGAAGCUAGGCAAGGAGUUCGCCAAGAACUUGCCUUCCAUCAAGCAGAAGGUUCUGACGCGACUUCGUGAAGUUGAACACCAACUAGGUACCCUUCCAGAGCUGCCCGACAAUGUGGAGUUGGAGGUCAGAAAGAGCUUGAUGGCUUUUUCCACUAUUGUCAAAGAAACGCUUCGUGGAAGAGGCUUUUCCGCUAACUACGGAAGCCUCUCGGAUGCUUUCUGUGACUGCAUCUUGCAGAUGAAGCCCAAGUUUGUCCUGAAGGACAAAUCUGACAUUCCUGUCCUGGAGAUUUCUGACGACGAGGACGAUUCGGCCAGUGCUACUAGUAUGACGCCUGGUAAUAGGAAGCGUGGUGCCAACGGACUAGGCAUUUCUAGUGCGAAAAGACCUCGACCUUCCGUCAAUGGUGGAUCGUUUUCGGCUUCAGUUAAGACAGAAGAUGGUGGUUCCGCACCUUCGACGCCAUCUCGUCGAAGGCCGAUGCAGCCGUCGCCCCUGGCUCGUCCGUUCCAGCAAUACGCUAACUACGGAGCUGGCUUCAGGACGCUGCGCCAGAUCAGCGACAACAUCAAGUCGAAGACCAAGGCUGGAAUGCCUAAUAUCGUGCCUGAUGAGGUUUAUGAGGAUUUGUGCAAGCAGUCUGUGAAGGCUUGGAAUCAACCAAUGGGAACAUUUCUCCAGGAAACCAUGACACGUUUGCAGAACAUCAUUGACUAUGCUUUGGACCAAGCUUUUGAAUCUUUGAAGAGGCGUUUGGUUUACAAGGAGUCCAAGAAUCACAUGAACCGGUUCUUGGCGGAACGUCGUGAAGAGGCGUUGAAAUUCCUCGAGGAUAUCUACGAGAUGGAAACCUUUCAACUUUUCACAGUCAGCAAAAAAGCCUUUGAGGAAUACGAGCGUUCCGAGAGCAGAGUGCUAACGCGCUACCGCCAUGUUAUGCGCUGGCGGGCGUUCUCCGGAGAAGUGUCCGAAUUCCAUGACUGGGAUAAAAUGACACUGGACCAGCGCAUGUCAGAAGAGAAGAAGCAUAACAAUGAGCUGGCAAAGAUGGGACCGGACUCCUUCGACAAGGAGCUGAAGGUUGCCGCCUAUGUUCGUGGAUAUUACAUGCUUUCUGCUCUACGCUUUUCCGAUUCAGUCUGCCUCUCGAUAACCUCGCGUAUGAUGCCAAAGAUCGUGCAGGACCUUGACUUCUUUCUUGAAAAGCAACUUGGGCUGGUGGGCCCGAAUGAUGGCACUAUCUUCUCUCGUCUGAUGGAGGAAGACGAUGAGACCGCUCAGAAGAGGGAGCGACUCAAGGGCGAACUUCAGAAGUUUAAGAAGGCUUUGGACUCCAUCACGAUCAAUGAUUUGGACGCCGUCUCUGGAUCGUCCUCGCAGGACACCACUCCUUAUGAGUCGUACGAGGACUCGAUUGCCGAAGACAUGGACCUCGAUUCAUCCGUCUAG